GGUGCUGCUGGACAGGGGCUGGGGAGGGGAGCUCACGCACACAGCAGGACAGCGAGGGGUCAUCUGCCGGGGCUGAGGCUCAGGGCGCAGGGGUCUCAGAGCUGGACAUGGAAGGACAAACAGAUGGAUUUCUGUUGGGAUCCUUGGCAGAGGUGCUUCCAGACCACCAACGGCUACCUGUCCGACUCCAGGUCCCGCCCCGGCAACUACAACGUGGCAGCCCUGGCCACCUCGUCCCUUGUGGGGGUGGUGCAGAGCAUCAAGGACCACAUCACAAAGCCCACGGCCAUGGCCCGAGGCCGCGUGGCCCACCUCAUUGAACGGAAGGGCUGGAGUGCCCAGCGGGCAGGCUGGGAGCUGUCCCCAGCUGAGGACGAGCAUUACUGCUGCCUCCCGGAUGAGCUGCGUGAGGCCCGCUUUGCUGCAGGGGUCGCCAAGCAGUUUGCCAUCACAAAGGCCACACUGAGCGCUUGGUCCUUGCUGGACGACGAGGAGCUGCACCCCGAGAACAGCCCCCAGGGCAUCGUCCAGCUCCAAGAUCUGGAGAGCAUCUACCUUCAGGACAGCCUUCCCAGCGGCCCCUCGCAGGAUGACAGCCUUCAGGCCUUCUCCUCGCCCAGCCCCUCCCCUGACAGCUAUCCCUCACCUGAGGAGCCCCCCAGCACCACUGGCAUUAUGCAGCCCCCCAGCCCAGAGCUGCAGCAUCCGUAGCGGCUGCCCGGGGCCCAAGGAUCCGAGGGUGGGACCCACCUGCCGGGCUCCCUCCCCUCCAUGGACAGCACUCAUGGUGGCCUCUCUGUGCCUCGGUGGACCUGCCCCAGCAGUGGGAGCCAUAACCCCCUCCCCCUUCAUUACUUCACUCAGGUGGGCACCUUCCCCUGCAGGGUGUCUGCCCUCAGGGAACUCAAGGACUCUCAGAGACACCAGGGCAGCCUGGCCUAGAGGAGCAACAGUCAGGCCCCCAGGAGGACAGCCAUGGACAGAACUGAGACCCACUCAGAGUGGGGUCUGGGAACCCUGCCUGUACCUGGGGUUCAGUCCCUCCCCACUCCCUCCAUGUGUCUGCCCCCCAGCAAAGGUGGGGUGACCACUGCUGGUAGCUAAGCACCUGCUCCCCAGCUCUCCUCACCCAGGACAUCUGUGUCUCUGGAGUGUCUGUCUGUCUGUCCCUCCUUCUCUGAACCUGCUUCCUCGGUGUCCCCUGCUUCUCGCCCCCUGGGAGCCCACUCCCCCUCCUUGCAGCUCCCUCCCAUCUCACUCAAGGUUCUCUGAGGACAUUAAAGUGGUGGAUUCA